CCGGGCUGACGUUGUUCCGUUAUCUUCCUUGCUUCUGUUGAGGAGGCAAAGGCUCUGGAAGCUUCCCUCCCUUCACGUCUUGCUUCGGGCCUACAAAUUCCCGAACGCGCGCUGUAGCAAGAAGCCAAUGAGCCGGUGCCUCCUGAGGGAUUGCCUUACCGCCUUCGCCUCUGCGUCAGGCUGUGUCACCUUUUCACAAUUUCCCUCAUGAAUCCUCUCUCCAUCCAGGCCUGGGUUGACGAAAUGGACUCCUCCGCAACGGCGCCUCCCGUUGACCCAACGCUGACGGCCGAUCCAUUGCCCGACCAGGCUGAGCGACGAAGCCUUCCUGAUGAAAGGUCGAGCCCAGCAAAGCGUCCACGAACAAGUGAAUACCCCGCUUUCUACCCAGAUCCCGACGAGGCUCCAGCACGCCCCCAACCUCAGCCAGCGCGACAUGACUGUGGGGGAGUCAUCCUCGAUCCUCUUACAGGCCCAAUCCCUUACCCUGACCUUAUUGGAAGCCGAGAACCUUUUUCGCCCCCAAUUUCCGUCCAGCAAGCUCCGACAGUCACCUCUGACAUGACUGACACGACGCGGUCGGGCAGGGCAGCUCCUACGAAGCGAUCCCCAAAAAUGCCGAGUCUGUUGAGCCUGGCGCGACCUGUUCGUUUCAUCAAGGAGAGUAACCUGGGAAGGGUUCUUCCGUGCGACGCUCGAGCGCUCUUUGCGGCUCUGUCUGCGGUCGAGGCAAAAGAGGAGAUUCUGCCGGCGGCUCUUCGAGAUCAUGUGGAUUUUCGGGAUCCCAGAGUUCGCGACUUUAUGUGGAAACCCGCCCCAGUCUCUGAUCAACCCAAUGCGGGAGACGAGGCAACACUUCUUGCAAACCAUGCACGCAUCCGAGGCAUUGUUGACGAUUCCAUUGCUUCGUCUAACCUCAAUCGAUCCGAAGACGCUUGGAACUGCCUCGUCCACGCACCGGUUUUACGCUAUGUACUCUCUCGCUUUGCUUGGCUCGAAGUCGAGCCUAUUUCUUCAGCUCAGAUUAUGCCAAGAUGGCGUCCUUUCUUGAGGUAUAGUCAUCAGGACCUAUGCCAACCGUCUCACACCAGUGCAUCCAGCGCAAGCAGUGUGUCUGAGCAGGAUUCGGGAAAGCCAAGGACUCCGAAGAGAGUGGAUAUAUCGUCACUCCGUAAGAUGGUUGACUUCUCUGUGGUCCUUCGUCCCGCCAAGGAGCUUCAGAAACUUAUCGACGAAUUAUUAGACCGGCAGCUAUAUGGAAUGAAUUCGAUCAGCCAGACUAUGUAUGAGCCUCUCCGCACCCGGCCAGCUCCUAUCUUCAUCGAGACCAACACACCAUCCGGCAAUAUGGACACUGCGAAUGUUCAGCUUGGUCUCUGGAUUGCUGCAUGGCAUCAGCAUACGCGCAUGAUUGUUGCACUUGGGCGACCAGAUGGUAACAAUACUAUGCAUCCUGAUAGUCCUGUACUUACGCUUCCUGUUAUUCGGGUAGUGGGGAGUGAAUGGACCCUCCUGUUUGCUGUAGAGGAAGACAACGAAAUUCACAUGUUGGAUGGGAACUUUCGGAUCGGUGAUACUAACAGUAUCACGGGUGCUUACCAGUUGCAAGCUGCUAUGUCUGUACUUGCCGGCUGGGUUCGCAGCCUCUUUGAGCCCUGGUUUUUUGCCAUUAUGGGUUGCGCAGCUGGGUAAUCUUUUUAGUAGCGAUGAAAUGGACCGGCAGCAAUUGACAAAUGAACGAGGCACCGUGCGCAUAAUAUCAC